AUGAUGGGUGGUGGAGGAGGAGUGGUUCCCCCCGCUCUACUCGAUGAAUCUCGAGUUCCUCGGUUCUACCGUGAUGCGAUUGCUGCAUGUGGUGCUACACAACAUAGCAUGCUCCCUCAUACUGCUCUAGUGUAUAAUUUAAUGGUAACAUCUGGGCUACCAAGAUCGGUACUUUCAUACAUUUGGUCAGCUGUGAAUCGAACUCUUCCUGGUCAACUGACUCGUCCAGAAUUUUUUUCCUGUCUAGCGUUGAUAGCAUUAGCACAGAAAGGCGAAUCGUUAGUUGCUCUCUCCACCAUGUCAUCACUUCCGAUACCAUUUUUGCAACCGAUACAAGUUCCUGCAGAGCAGUCACUUCCUGCUCCGGUAGUUAACGUUGCAAAGCCUCCCACGUUGGUCAUACAUGUCCUUAUGCUGUUAUAUUUUUCGACUAAAGAUGAGAAUUUCAUGAUAUUUAAAAUUUAG